ACAUCAAUCGUUUCAUAUUUUCUAGCAGACUUGUGUGUGGUUGAAGGCGUUUCUGUCCUUUCCUAAAAGCUUACAAUUAAAAGAAGGCUUGAAAAAUGAGUUUAAUUAAUGUUUUAAAUAAAUCAGUUUGCUUUAUAAGACAAAAAGCUUUUAUAAAUAGCGGCUUAAUAGUUCGCUGCAAUUCUAAAGGAGGUGCCGGAGCAGCAACAGCUACUAGCGCCGCUGCGAAAAAAAAGAAAAUGGGGAAGCUUGGUCCCAUAAUGGAAAAAAAAGAAAUACCGGUUGAAACCGAUGUGAACAAAUUGGUAAAUUAUGUUUGCGGCAGUAACAUAAAUAAAACUGGACAAGAUAUAAAACUGAAACCCGAUUCUGAAUAUCCGGAUUGGCUAUGGACACUUAACGUGGAUCGUAUAAUACCACUGGAAGAAAUGGAUCCAAAUACUAAGCAAUAUUGGAGGCGCUUACGAAAAAUGGCUUUACGACGCAAUAAUCAGUUAUCUAAAUUAAAAAGAUUCUAAUAAAAUUUUUUAUUUACUAA